GCGCAAUCAAUUAUCUUAUACUUCCGGAAGCAACAAAGCGUGGAACCAUGCCUGGUGGACGCCCAUUCAGACGUGGUAGAGGAGGUCCCAUGAUCCGAGGUGGUAUGAUGCGGGGAGGCAUGAUGGGAUUUAAACCAAUGCCACCGUUCCGGACAUUCAUUCCUCACAUACCAUUUGACAUUACACAGUGUGAGACAAACUUUCCACAAGCACGGCCAGUGUCCGAGGAAAAAGCUCUGUCUGAUGCUUUGCUGAAGCGCAAUGGUGAUCUGACACCCUCUACGAAUGAGCAGGCCUCUGUUUUAAACCUGGUGUCCAAAAUCAACACAGUCCUCGAUAGCCUCACCAUCACCCCCGGCAACUUUGAUGCAGCUCAAAUUGAGGAAGUACGCCAAGUUGGGUCUUUUAAAAAAGGGACGAUGAUGUCAGGAAAUAAUGUUGCAGACAUUGUGGUUAUGUUAAAAACACUUCCUACUAAGGAGGCUGUAACGGCCCUUGGCAACAAAGUUGUGGAUGAUUUACGAGCAUCCGAGCCUCGCGAUGGUAAACAUGGAACCGGAGUGGUAACGAUGUUGACAAGUGAGACGGGCUUUGAGAUCAGUUCCUCAGAGGCCACAGUGCGAUGUCUGAUCACCACCAUCCCGCCAAACCUCAAGAAACUGGAUCCAGAUCUGCACUUGGAUGGAAAAAUCAUGAAUGGUCAUUUGGCCGCUAUUCGGCAUGCACGUUGGUUUGAAGAGAAUGCGUCUCAUUCAAGCAUUAAAGUCCUUAACAGGCUACUCCAAGAUCUGAAAAACAGAUUUGAGGGUUUCUCUCCCCUUACAUUCUGGAUCAUUGAUCUCCUGUCCCAUUAUUCCAUCAUGAACAAUCCUGCCCGACAGCCAUUGCCUCUUCACACGGCCUUCAAACGGUGCCUACAGAUUCUGGCCGCUGGGUUUUUCCUCCCAGGCUCAGUGGGCAUCACAGACCCGUGUGAGCAGGGCACAGUGCGUGUUCAUACCAUCAUGACACUGGAACAACAGGACCAAGUUUGCUACACAGCACAGACUUUGCUAAGAGUUUUAAGUCAUGGUGGCUUCAAGCAAAUACUCGGAAUGGAAGGAAAUGCAACCAUAGCGACAGAGAUGAGUGUCUGGGAGGGGGUGGUGGUGACCCCGUCAGACAAGGCCUACGAGAAACUGGAGAAACCUGUUGAAGAAGAGGAGGAUGAGGACGAGGAUGAAAUGGAAACAGAAAUGAAGUAGAGCUGUGACUUAGUAUCGUGCAAUGUACUUUGAACUAUAUGUGAACUUGGGAGUUUGGAAACUGUUAAGGAAGAUGCGGAUUGAAAAUUGUAUGGGAUCUGAUUGUGUUGUCAGAUAGUCAUGUGCAAAAUGAACUUUUCAUGAAAGAAAGGAUGUAUUGCAGAUAGAGAAGAGCAUGUUAUAUUGGUAGUACUUUCUUACAAAUAUAUUUCUGUUGCUUUGUGUACUUUAUGAACAAAAAUGUAAGCCUAAGUCAUUAAAACAACAUUGUACUUUUUAACAUUUGAGAAAACAAUAUUAUGCAAUAUAAUAAUGUAUAAGAAAUAUAUAACUUAUAAAUGAAUUAGCAUGAUGUCAGUGGUUUAUAUCAUGUAUUUAUGUUUAGAUUUAAACAGUCUGAAGCAUAAAUGUUACUGUAUUUCAAUUACAUAUUUUUAAAAAUUGUAUUAGGAAUUCCUAUAGUUUUGUUUGUUGAAUUUCUAAAUUUUAAAAAUAAAACACUUAAGAUUUCAAGAUUUAUUAGGUAUCAUGUAAAUAAAGGCCUCUGGCCCAAAAUACAGCAUUCAUUUACAAUUUCAUAAUGAUAAAAUGCCAUUCUUUUUUUUGUACACUGGUGUUUUAACAAAUACACAUUUUCAAAAUGAUACAAAAAUCCGAGAUACCAGUGCAUACAUGUAUAUAUCUCCAUCAUUCAUAUAUGAGAGACUCAAAAGUAUUAUUUUUCUGCAUAUUGUGACAUUAGUAGAGUCUUUCAAUGAAACUUUUAUAUAACAAAAAUUAUUACAUAAAGUACAACGAAAAUUAUUACAUAACAAAGUUUGUUAUCAAUGUAAAUUUAUAUUCCCAAUGACAUUCAUUAACUUCGAAACAUAGAAUGUUAAUUGUUUAAUAACAGAAAUAUCAGUGCUAAUCAUUAGGAUAUUAAAUGAUGUUUCGUUUCUUUGGCCAUUAUACCAAUUAUACAAAUAACUUGUUCGUAUAUCCGUGUACUGGGGACACUCAAAGAACGCAUUAAAUUCGUAUUCCAAUACAUGUACGUCAAAUCUUCUUGAACAAAAUAAGCAUGUUGGGUUUUCGCGCUGUACGUUAAAAUGCCUGCCAUGUUCAAUGUUCAAUUUAUGAUUAGAACACCUAAAACGUGCAAAUGCGCGACGUGACUUUAAGGGUACAUCUAUUGUUAAAUAUUUCUCCGGAGUUAAAAUUGACUUAAACUGUUUGUAAGUGUCGCAGCGCGGAGAUGCAUUAAUCUCAUUGUGCCAGUCUUGGGUUUUACAGUCUUGUAUGCGCUGUUUAAAACAUUGUAAAAAUAUAUUCAUAUCGCCAACGUCCUGGGAAACCCAAACAAAACCAAAACCAUAUUUGAAUAAGAGUUGCUUAACAAAUGUUGCCCAAUUUUUCCUUCCAUUAUCAUCUAAUGACUUCAGCAUUCUGUAACAAUUUACUGGAUAUCUAUAGUUAGGCAUUUGUAGUAACUGACACCAGUAUUUAAUGCAUUUCAGAUAAUACACACAACAAAGUGAUAAUCGACCAAUAUCUAGGUAUAUAGAAAUAAAUUAAGGAAACAAUACUUCUUUGGUGUGCAAUCUAAUUUCAGUGACCACUAUUUACACAGAUGUUGUAUCUUGAUGUUGCAUUAGCUCAGUUUAGUGCUGCAUUUUAUAUUGGCAAUGUUCCUGAUAUUUUCAGUAAAUAUAACAGUGUGAAGAUAACAUUAUUUUAAAUACUAAAGUAAUAAAAAGUGGGUUGGACAAAUAAUGAAUAUUUACAAAGUAUGUUAUUUUUAUUGUAUGCAAAAAAUUCAUUUGUAAAUGUUGUAAUGUGAUCCAAAGUGUCUGUAGAUCAAUAAAAAUACUAAGAAAGAA